GCGGGGAGGGGGCCCGGGCCCGCGCGGGGCGGGGACAGCCGCCUGGCCCCUCCCCUCUCUGCCCUCCCCAAAGUUGCGGUCUCCCCCGGGGCCGGACAGUCUUAUGAUCCAGCGGAUCCUCCUGGGGAGGCCGGGUCGGGGCGCGGGCGCGGGCGCGGGCGCCGAGCAGCUGGGGCAGCGGGCGGGCGCGGAGACCGGGGCCCGGGCGGGGAUCCGGGCAGCGACCGAGGCGGCGGCUGCGCCCCGGGCCCGCCGCCCCCUCCCCUUGGGCGGGGGGAGCCGCUGCAUGGGGCCGGGGGGACGGCCCAGCUGCGCGGAGCGGCGGCGGCGGACCCCCCAGGCGGGCUGGGGUUGAGCCGGGGGCCGGGGCAGGGGCUCCGGGGGGACCAUGCCCGGAGGCCGGCCGGCCGCAGCAUGGCUCACGGGCCCGGCGCGCUGAUGCUCAAGUGUGUGGUGGUGGGCGACGGGGCGGUGGGCAAGACGUGCCUGCUCAUGAGCUAUGCCAACGACGCCUUCCCGGAGGAGUACGUGCCCACCGUCUUCGACCACUACGCCGUCAGCGUCACCGUAGGGGGCAAGCAGUACCUCUUGGGACUCUAUGACACGGCCGGACAGGAAGACUAUGAUCGUCUGAGGCCUUUAUCUUAUCCAAUGACUGAUGUCUUCCUUAUAUGCUUCUCUGUGGUGAAUCCAGCCUCAUUUCAAAAUGUGAAAGAGGAAUGGGUACCAGAACUUAAGGAAUACGCACCAAAUGUACCCUUCUUAUUAAUAGGAACUCAGAUUGAUCUCCGCGAUGACCCCAAAACUUUAGCAAGACUGAAUGAUAUGAAAGAAAAGCCUAUAUGUGUGGAACAAGGACAGAAACUAGCAAAAGAGAUAGGAGCGUGCUGCUAUGUGGAAUGUUCAGCUUUAACCCAGAAGGGAUUGAAGACUGUUUUCGAUGAGGCUAUCAUAGCCAUUUUAACUCCAAAGAAACACACAGUAAAAAAAAGAAUAGGAUCAAGAUGUAUAAACUGUUGUUUGAUUACGUGAGAAACAUCUUCAGUGGCCAACGAAACUGUCCAUUUCUCUCUAAGAAAGCAUAUGAAAUGCUACAGCUAUACCCAGACCUCUUAUAAAUACUGAAGCAGUUUAAAACUUGAAUGAAAAACAA